AUGAACCGCGAUACAUACUCUGGGCGUUACACGCCAACCUCACCGUUGUCUCCAAGACUCCAUGCUAGCCAGCAACCGCUCUCGCCUCAGCCGACCCGGAGUCGGCCGCCAGCACAUGGCCGGCAAGCCUCCAGGAACAUGCACAUGACGCUUCCUCGAUUCCAUCCUGCCAAUUUUGGCCACCUCGACUCACCAGCGACACCAUCCUCCACCGUGCAGAGUCCAGCCAUUACCUUGAAUCGGGUAACGCAGCCCGUCGUGCUGGAGUCACCAAGGCUGAUGCGUGAGAAGCAACGCGAAUUCAUUGAGCGUACCACGUUGUCAGCCAAGAUUGCAGCCUCUUCCAUGGGCAUCAAACCUGGUGCACCACGUUUGGAUCCCUUGGGUAGCCCUAAAGGUCCCGUCACGCCUUUGGCCCUCGAGGAAGGCGAUGACUACUUCCAAGUCGCUGGAGCAGGCAAAGUAUCACCAGCAGGAAGCCCAGGUCCGGGAAGAAGUCCGCGCAGUGACGUCUCGUCAGACAAGGAAGAGUCGAAGAAGAACAAGAAAAUCAGACAAACCGACGUCUAUCAAUGA